UGAGGUCAACUCAGCUUCCACCCUGACGCCGGUACCGUCCAUCGCCACUGGGGGGCACUGAAGCCCCGGCGCAGACGCUCCCUGCUGCUCGGCGCCACAGAGCGAUGACACCGGCGUCUCUCCCCAAUCCUCGGACAACUCCAGUGCAAAGCAUCCCUCCGAGCGGAGGAAACGCAGCUCAAAAGGAAAAUACAACCGCAUCUAGUGCGCGGGAUGGAGGAUUUUUGUUUUGAGAAAAAAAAAAAAAAAAAAAAAAAAUGACUGAAGGAAGGUAGGAAGCAUGCGAGACGGCUCGGCGUGUGCGCAAGGAGCUCGGAAGCAGCCGAAGAUAAGAACUUGAGGAGCUGCAACUUUUAUCGACUUUCAGGUCCACUCGCUUCCCUCUCGUAUCCAUCACACUUGUGCGGAUCGCUGGAUUGUUUGCGCGUGUCUGGACACAGCACAACAACGCAAACUGUGCGUAUUUUUUUUCGUGUGUGUGUGGGUUUUUUUUUUGUACACUGAGGUUAUGUUUUGUGGAGCCGAGGGGAAAUUGCUACAGCUAGACCAACAAGAAGAAGAUCAAGAAGAUGUCCGGCUGGGCUUUGUGGUUGAAAACUGAGAAAAAAAUGAAAUCUCGGGAUUAACUGACAGCACGACGACAGAAUGAAGGAGCGAGACCUGCGGGGAAUGUGCAGAAAGGCGCUGCUGCUGACCGUCUGCAUGCUGUCUCUUUGGGGACAACUGAGCAUCGCGUCGUCGCACCGGAGCCACAUCGUUCACGUGAAGGCAGGAACCUGCGAGGUGAUCGCCGCGCACCGAUGCUGCAACAAGAACAAGAUCGAAGAGCGAUCGCAGACCGUCAAAUGCUCCUGCUUCCCGGGACAAGUGGCGGGAACGACGAGGGCGGCUCCGUCUUGUGUGGACGCAUCCAUCGUUGCACAGAAGUGGUGGUGCCAGAUGCAUCCCUGCAUGGACGGCGAAGAGUGCAAAGUGCUGCCGGACUUUAAAGGAUGGAGCUGCAGUACAGGCAACAAAGUGAAGACCACCAAGGUCACACGAUAGUCGUCUGUUUGGGACCAGGCGUCGUUUAUUUCACAGUAGGACACUCGGAUAUAAUUUUUUGUCCCCCAACAAGGACUUUGGUCACAGACAGUCCCUCAAAAAAGGACAAUGGAAUGGGCUUCAAAUAAGACUGCGUUUCCCAAAAAGAUUCCCAACGUUAGCAUCAUCGGUAACUCGACUCCUCAGCAAACAUCUCUUUGUAUUAUAGUUUGACUCCUACGGACCAGAGGACUCCAACAUGAAGAUAUUUAUUAGCUGAACGACUGUGGAUUACGAUAACAGCAAACUAAAAAAACAAAAAAAAAGUAAGAAGAAAAAUGUGAUGUGGUACCUUUGUGUUUUUUCUCACUGCUUAGAGAUCCCAAGACUCUCGAAUGCAUAUUUGUGUUGAAGAUCAAGCGAGAGAAGCAUUUUCAUUCCUUUUAGCCUUACGAAGAAGCGACAUUAUGUUUCAUCGAGUUAUUAGGAUAUCAAGUCGUCUUUGCAAAGACUUGAUGUGUAGAAAAGGUGGCGGCGCGACGAUAAAAACACUUAGGAGACUUUGCCAAAACGUUGAAAUGGUAUUUGUUGUUUUCGAAGCCUGACAACCACCACUGAUUAACAAAUGUCAGUAUUAUCUCAAUAAAUCUAACCUAAAUGAAAA